UCGUCUCCCACCCCUGGUUUCAACUCCUCCAAAACACACUCCCUUCUCUUCAACCUCCAAAAGCUCGAUUCGAAGGACCGACCAUGGCUCUUUUCAAGAAGCCGGAUGCAUACACAAGGAUGGAUUUCGAGGACCCAGAAGAGAAAAAGCACCGGAAAGCGCAGUUCCUGAUCUACAAGGUGUUGGCACGAGCCGAUGCUCGGAGGAGGCCUUCGCUCCUGAGAGUGAGGUUCUGCCGGUUGAAGGUGAAGAUCGGGCGGCGGUUGAAGAAGUCGAGGAAGAGGGUGGCGCUGAUGAUUUCGAAAGUGAGGCUUGCCGUUUAUAAGCAGCUCAUGAGUCAAUUGAGGAGCUUGGAAGCUCUGGUCAGGCCUUGUAGAGAGCAAGCUAUUGAUCAGCCCCCAAACUUGGAAACCCUUUCUUGCAGAAUCACCACGUAGAAGUAUCCUUUCGUUUGGGUCUCUCAUGUUGUGUGUCUAAACUUGGCGUGGUGUUUGCUGAAUUUACCUUUCUUUGCAGAAGGGAAAAAAGAGGAAGAAUGUAUAGUACUCAUAAAUCAUAUCAACGAAGAUGUUCCGUUUCGUUCUGAACUUUUUUUGA